CACUGCUUGUUUUUAGUGUGUGUGCUAUACAGGCUGAUGGACUCUUCCAUUCCUCGUAUCCCGGUGAUGCCUGGAUAUACUAUUACACUGGGAUGAUCGGCUUGGUUCUCAAGAGCUGUACGCUUAAUCUUAUGCUGGCGAUCUGCUCGGAGCACGGCAGCCUCUGAAGGACCUCACUCAAUGGCACCUCAACAAUAAAAAGGUAGAUUUCCCAGGACUGUGGAAUUCAUUAUUCUUCAGAUCCGAAUGCAUCAUACAAAACAAAAUGAUUCAGAAAAUUCUCUUGGCCAUUGAUGGUGAAGCUACAAGCCACAAUUGUUGAUUUGUCAAUAUUCUUAGCAAAAAUUGAGCUGUCUCUGGAUUUAUCUGUUCUAUUGUAAACACUGGCACAUAUAUUUUAAAUCUAACCCAAAAUGGAAGAUGGCUACAGACAUAACUCUAAUUUUCACCAAGGAGCACGGGAUAUAGUACGAGAAGUGAAGAGACAAACAAGUAACCAAGCGAUGGAUUAUUACCAAAAUAAUACGUAUGGUGGUUAUUCAUCAAAUGAGGGUUAUUAUAAUAGCGGAGAUCCUGUCAAUCAGGAGGAAGAUGCCCAGAGCGACGCUACAGAGGGGCAUGAUGAAGAGGAUGAGAUAUAUGAAGGAGAAUAUCAGGGUAUUCCACACCCUGAUGAUGUUAGGGCUCAACAGAAGGACACAUCCAUGAGAGAUGAAUUUAGAGACCAUGCUGAUAUCAUGGCAGAGAGGAAGGAGGAUGAGGAACAGUUAGCUUACCAAUAUGAGAACAUCAUUCAAGAAUGUGGCCAUGGACGUUUCCAGUGGACCCUUUUCUUUGUUUUAGGGCUUGCCUUGAUGGCUGAUGGCGUAGAACUCUUUGUUGUAGGAUUUGUGCUCCCCAGUGCUGAAAAAGACAUGUGUUUAUCACGCUCAAACAAAGGAAUGCUAGGAUUAAUAGUGUACCUUGGGAUGAUGUGUGGUGCGUUUGUAUGGGGAGGAUUGGCAGACAGACUAGGGAGGAAGAAAUGUCUCACCAUAUCACUGGCCAUCAAUGCUGCCUUUUCAUUCAUAUCCUCCUUUGUUCAGGGGUAUGGCUUCUUCCUCUUCUGCCGCCUUAUUUCUGGAUUUGGUAUUGGGGGAUCCCUACCUAUUGUGUUUGCCUAUUUCUCCGAAUUCCUGUCACGUGAGAAGAGAGGGGAGCAUUUGAGCUGGCUUUGUAUGUUUUGGAUGAUUGGCGCAGUCUAUGCAUCAAUAAUGGCGUGGAGCAUCAUUCCUCACUAUGGAUGGGGAUUCAGUAUGGGGACACACUACCAUUUCCACAGCUGGAGAGUGUUCGUGGUUAUAUGUGUUUUUCCCUGCAUCGCUUCUAUGAUUGCUUUGAAGUUUAUGCCUGAAAGUCCUCGCUUCUUAUUGGAGACUGGUAAACAUGAUGAAGCUUGGAUGAUUCUAAAGAAGGUUCAUGACACCAAUAUGAGAGCCAAGGGAGAACCGGAAAAAGUUUUUACAGUUUCCCAUAUUAAGACACCGAAACAAGUUGAUGAGUUUAUUGAAAUUCAGAGUUCUACUGGGACAUGGUUUCAGCGCUGGCUGGUCAGGGUCAUGACAGUUGUCAAGCAGGUAUGGGAGAGCAUACUGUUCUGCUUUUCUGGCCAGUACAGGAAAAACACAAUAUUUCUGGCAGUGGUUUGGUUUACUAUGUCCUUAAGCUACUAUGGUCUUACGGUCUGGUUUCCUGAUACAAUUCGGUACAUACAAGAUGAAGAGUAUGCAAGCAGAGUUAAAAGAUUUGAGAAUGAACAUGUCAAGAACUUUGUAUUCAAUUUUACCCUUGAAAACCAAAUACACAUCGAUGGGACCUAUUACAAUGACAAGUUCUAUAAAAUGAAGUUCAAAUAUGUCACCUUUGAGGACUGUGUCUUUGAUGAAUGCUACUUUGAGGAUGUUACUUCAACAGGCACCAUCUUUAAGAACUGUACCAUCAAAUAUUCAUAUUUUCACAAUACAGAUCUUCAUGAGCACAGAUUCAUUGACUGCACACUAAUAAACAGCACAUUCUCUAACCAUAAAGAAGACUGUGAUAUUGACUUUGAAGAAGACAAUGAUUUUCUGAUUUACCUGGUUAGUUUUCUUGGAAGCUUAUCGGUAUUACCUGGAAAUAUUAUCUCCGCUCUCCUUAUGGACAAAAUUGGAAGAAUAAAAAUGAUAGCUGGGUCCAUGCUGAUCUCAGCAGUUUGCUGUUUCUUCCUCUUCUUUGGUAGCAGUGAAUCCGCAAUGAUUGGCUGGCAGUGCCUUUUCUGUGGCACCAGUAUAGCAGCAUGGAAUGCUCUCGAUGUUAUUACAGUGGAGCUUUACCCUACAAAUAAAAGGGCAACUGCAUUUGGCAUCCUGAAUGGUUUGUGCAAGUUGGCUGCCAUUUUUGGAAACUCUAUUUUUGCAUCCUUCGUUGGCAUAACAAAGGUGGUUCCUAUUCUCCUCGCAUCCACUGCUCUCGUUGGUGGAGGCCUUAUAUCCCUUCGGCUACCUGAGACCCGAGAACUUGUCCUCAUGUAAAAACCCAUAGACACAUACUGAGACCCCUGUAAUGGAGGGCUCAGUAUGUUUGAGGAUGUUCUGUUGAUGCAGGACCUCUCUAAGACUUGUGUUAACCUGAUUUCAAUGAACACACUCCCAUCACAGUCUUCACAGCUCAAGCAACAUUCAAAGUAAAAAAAAAGUUAGCUCAGUUCUGUACUACUUAAGAUCUGAACUUGUAUAUAUAUAUGAGCAUUGCAUUUUAGCAUUUUGCCUCAGUAAAAAGUCACCUUCAGUCAGUUGAGGAGCUAUGGAAGAUGUUUGGUUUGAUUUGGUUUGGUUACUUAUUGAGUACUCUAAGAAUCUUCUGGCACAUGUCUCCCUAUAUAAAGUCUGGGUAAUAAUGUGCAUAACCCAGUCUAGAUACACAUGAUCACAAUAGAAAAUAUAUAAAGGCAGCUUCAAAGUUCUCUCUACUAUCAAUUACAAAUAAUAUUUCCAUUUUUUCAUAAGACAGUAGUAAAUUUAGAAUCAUAGAAUAAGAAAGAAAACAAUGACUGUGAAUCACUAGCUAUGUACCUGUAUUUUCUAUCUGGCUAAUCCAUAAAACAUGAUGCAUGUGAGAUGACAUGUAAGGAAUGGGGUUCAAGGAAAACUGUCACUUGUUUUCUCCCGCACUAUCCACAGGUACUGGUGGAUAGUGCGGGAGACGCUGAUUAAAAUUAGCCCUACCUUACCCGAACCUGCACCGCCGUUCUCCC